UUGUUUGUCAACGAGAGGGCUGUCAUAGAGUGCAUACAAACACAUGAGUUGAUUGAAUCACAUGUUUUGUUACAAUGAUUUGACCACAGAUUUAGACCACAAGAAGUGUCAUCAAAAUGACUGACACUCGUAAUGAUCAGCCAAUCAAAUGCAUUAAAGAAAAGUGGAGAUUAUUGCCGGCAUUUCUUGAGAUCAGAGGUCUUAUUAAACAACACUUGGAUUCGUUCAAUCAUUUCAUAGAUAAAGAAAUCAAGAAUGUCUUGAAGGCUAACGAGAGGAUCACAUGUGAGUCCGAUCCCAAUUGGUAUGUCAGAUAUCUGGACAUCAGAGUUGGUAAACCAGAGAUUGAAGAGGGCUUUAAUGUGGUCCGACUAACAUCACCUCAUGAGUGUCGAUUGCGGGACAUAUCGUAUUGUGCGCCUAUUAAUGUGGACAUUGAAUACAUGAGAGGACAGCAACGGGUUAUCCGUAACGACCACACCAUCGGAAGGAUGCCUAUUAUGUUGAGAAGUGCUAACUGUGUGCUCAACAACAAGACAUUUAGCGAAUUGGUUGCACUGAAUGAGUGUCCCUACGAUCCCGGCGGCUAUUUCGUUAUCAAUGGCUCCGAAAAGGUUAUCCUAAUUCACGAACAACUGUCCAGAAAUCGUAUUCUUAUUGAAGAUGGACCGGUAUGUCAAGUGACGAGUACUACGAGUGAGCGCAAGUCGCGGACCAAUUUGAUUAUCAAUAAAAAGAGACAAAUAAUUAUGAAACACAACUCUUUCUUAGACGAAGGCAUUCCUAUAUUUAUUGUCUUCAAAGCUAUGGGCUUUGAGAGUGAGUCUGAAAUUACUGAAUUGAUUUGCGGUAUUACUUCAGACAAUCAGAACAUUGACUCCAACUUAUUGAUCCCAUCGAUUGAAGUCUGUCAUAAGGCACAGAUCUGGACGAGUGAAAUGGCACUCAAAUAUAUGGCCAAUAAGUUGAAAUCAAAGACACCAAUGACGGGCAGAGUUGAGUGGAAUUCAAAUGAAAGACGAAAACCAGCCGUUGAGAUCACAAGGGAACUGUUGGCCACAACUAUUGUCGCACAUAUUCCGGUCAAAGAGUUUAACUUUAGAUUGAAAGGCAUUUAUUUGGCGCAAAUGGUUAAGCGUUUGAUCUGUGCUUUGAAUAAUCCGUCAUUUAUUGAUGAUCGCGAUUAUUAUGGAAACAAACGUCUUGAGUUAGCCGGUUCUCUCAUUGCCAUACUUUUUGAGGAUCUUCUCAAACGAUUUAAUUCAGAAUUGCGGGCCAUCGCUGACAAAAACAUACCAAAGAUUAAAGUGUCUCAAUUCGAUAUCGUUAAGCAUAUGAGACAAGAUUUGAUUACCAAUGGAUUGGUUAAUGCCAUCGCAACCGGCAACUGGACGCUCAAGAGAUUCAAAAUGGAAAGAGUGGGCGUCAGCCAAGUGUUGAGUCGAUUGAGUUAUAUCUCAUGCUUAGGAAUGAUGACUCGUAUCAAUUCACAGUUUGAAAAGACUCGUAAGACAUCGGGUCCGCGAUCUCUUCAGGCGAGCCAAUGGGGACUCGUCUGUCCCUGUGAUACACCAGAAGGCGAAUCUUGUGGUCUCAUUAAGAAUCUGGCGUUAAUGACACACAUAACAACUGAUGUCGACGAACAGUCAAUUGUUCGCAUUUGUCUUAAUAUAGGUCUCGUUCAAGACAUCCUAUUGUGUUCAUCCGGUGCUUUAAUCAAUCAAAAUUAUGUGGUAUUUGUUAACGGACUUAUCGUUGGAGUCACUAUUGAUCCACAAAGACUUGUUUCGAAUCUUCGAUUUCUUCGACGAAAUAAUUAUAUGUCAGAGUUUGUGUCAGUAUCUCUGAAUCAGCUCCACAGAGCUGUUUAUAUUGCCACUGAUGGCGGACGACUAUGUCGACCAUAUAUUAUUGUCAACACAAGAUUAGGUGUUCCUAAAGUGCAACCGAAACAUCUGGAGUCUCUUAAUCGAAAAAUUAUGGGAUUUGAAGAUUUUAUUCGCGACGGUUUAGUUGAAUACUUAGAUGUCAACGAAGCCAGUGAUGCACACAUUGCCAUCAAUGAACAAAAGAUUAUUAUUGGUUUGACAACACAUCUCGAGAUUGAACCCUUCACUCUUUUGGGUGUCUGUGCCGGUGUUAUACCAUAUCCUCAUUGCAAUCAAUCACCACGAAAUACUUAUCAGUGUGCUAUGGGAAAACAAGCUAUGGGAACCAUUGGUCUUAAUCAGCGACAACGUAUUGAUACACUUUUAUAUUUGUUGGCAUAUCCUCAGCGUCCUGUUGUCAAGACUAAGCCAAUAGAGAUAAUCAAUUACGACAAAUUACCCGCCGGUACUAAUGCUAUUGUUGCAGUUAUGUCAUACAGCGGUUUCGAUAUCGAAGACGCCACUGUUAUGAACAAAGCGAGUCUCGAUAGAGGUUACGGUCGAUGUUUUGUUUACCGAAAUCAAAAAUGUGUUCUCAGAAGUUAUUCAAAAUUUAAUAAUAUCAAAGACCGAAUAAUGGGACCACUUGUUUCUGCCGAACCGCCCUACAAACCAAUUGGCAAACACGCCUGUCUUGACUUUGAUGGUAUUGCAGCUCCCGGAGAGAUACUCACAAAUCGUACUGUUAUGGUCAACAAAUCUUCACCAGUUGUGAGCAAUAUAGAAGAUACGAGUAUUCCAACUCCUGGACGACCGGGAUUAGACUCGACGGCAUACAAGGAUUGUCCCGUUACUUAUAAAGGAAUAGAAGAUUCUGUUGUUGAAAAAGUGAUGAUCACUUCCAAUAGUGAAGAAUCAUUUUUGAUAAAAUUGCUUUUAAGACAAAUGCGAAGACCAGAAGUGGGCGAUAAGUUUAGUUCACGACACGGACAGAAGGGUGUGAUUGGACUAAUUGUUCCUCAAGAGGAUCUACCAUUCAAUUCACAGGGUGUUUGUCCCGAUAUGAUUAUGAAUCCGCACGGCUUUCCAUCUCGUAUGACGGUUGGCAAACUAAAAGAGUUGGUCGCAGGAAAGUCAGCCCUAUUGAAAGGCACUCUUCACGACGGAACAGUAUUUGGUGGCACCACUAUUGAUGAAAUAUCUGAAAUUAUGAUACAAUAUGGAUUCAAUUAUAAUGGUAAAGAAAUUAUGACAUCCGGAAUAACUGGCGAACCGUUGAACGCUUACAUAUAUUUUGGACCCAUUUAUUAUCAAAAGUUAAAACAUAUGGUUUUGGAUAAAAUUCACGGACGAUCAAGAGGUCCACGAGCUGUACUAACACGACAGCCCACUGAAGGUAGAGCUAGAGAUGGAGGUUUGCGUUUGGGUGAAAUGGAAAGGGAUUGUCUUAUAGGACAUGGAGUAAGUAUGUUGUUAUUGGAAAGGCUUUUGCUAUCCAGUGAUGCAUUUGAUGUUGACGUCUGCGGUCAAUGUGGUCUUCUCGGUUACCAGAAGUGGUGCGCCAAAUGCGAGUCCAGUCAAACGUUAGCCUCGGCUCAGAUUCCUUACGCAUAUAAACUACUUCUGCAAGAAUUACAAGCAAUGAAUAUUCAGCCAAAACUAAAGCUAACAAAUAUGUGAUA